UAUAGCUAAGCCUUCCGUCAUUAUAGAAAUCCACAGAUAUAUCUCCCAAAACCCUAAUCCAUUUCCCCUUUGUUACCCUUAGAUUUAGUCCAACCCUCCCAACAUAUAAAAAAUUAUAUCAAAAUAUCAAUUUCAAGAACCUAAAAACAAGCUAUUCAACAGUUUGAAUCCAGGUAAUUCCUAAUAAUCAUCAGUUUUUUUUUCUUCUUCUUUCAAGUUCAAUCACAUUUUUUUUCCUGAAUCUUAGUUAGCUUUUUUUUUUUUUUUUUUCCUUUUGUUCUGGAAUUGUUAUUCCAUGAUAUAUCUUGUAAUAAAUCCAGAUGUUUUACUAUGUGCAAUUAAGUUUGUUGACAGUGUGUGUUUGUAUGUUUUUUAAAAAAUUGUUUACUUCUGUUGGGUACUUUGUAGAUUGACGAGGGGCAAAAAAAUAGCCCCCAAUUGCCGGAGCCGCUUCCGGCAAGUUCAACUUUGGGCGGCUAAAUUUACAGGGCAUCAACAAAAUUGAAAGGGUGGGAAUGAGACUCCUGUAAGGAAAGUGGAAGCAAUAAGCCUUGAGGAAUGGAUCCAACGAUUUCUGCAAAUGUAGGUACACUUGCCCCGGCCAAGAAGUUGAGGAUUUCGUCUUCAUCAGACUCUUUGGGGGAAGAUCUCUUCCAAAUGAACCCAAAACUGAUUUUUAAGUCUACCGCAUCCACUGCUAUCAUCUCUAAACCACAUGAAGAAGAAUUCAUAAGAGAUGCUUCUAGUGACUCCUCUACUAAAUCAGGACGUAGUGGAUAUACAGAUACUGCCUCAGCAGUCUCUUGUGUCACCCAUGAAUCUACAUUGCAGAGUAUGUCACCAAAGCAAUCUCCUCCUAUUCAAGUGAUGGAAAGAGCUGGAGGUUACGACCCUUCUAGGAUUCCAUCAUCUGUGUUUGCUUGUCAAUCCCCUACACUGACAGAAUGGAGUAUUACUUCCAAUGAGUCCUUGUUCAGCCUCCAUAUUGGGAACAAUAGUUUGACUAGAGACCAUCUUCUUGAAAUGUGUGGAGACUUGCCCAAGUCUGGAGAGUUGGACAAGUCUGGCGAACUGCUCAAGUCUAGCGAGCUGAUUAGUUUGAGGCUAUCCCCUCGAGCAGCAGUAGGAAGGGAGAGAGACAGUACUGUCGAUGCAGAAAACCUAGCAAUUGGAGUAGGAGAUGAAAUCUUGAAGAAUGGUCCAAGAGGAACUGCAAAUGAUCAUCGUGAGGAGAAGCUACCUUCUCUAGAGAUGUCCUGUAAUUCCUCCAACACCAACCGACCUUUGGACAUGAAUAGCGGCAAGUGUUUUGCCAAUCCGAAAAUUGCGCAUGCACAAGGACAUAAAUAUGGAUGA